CACGAUCUUGUUAUAACUGCUUUGCUGCGGAUUAUACAUCAUGUCCAACGCCGAGGAGCUCUUGAGAGAUUUUGAAGAUGAUGAAGAUUUCGAGGGCGCUGAUGGCGUCGAGGCCAUCGAAGAAGACCGAGACGAAGAGCAGCUGCUACAAGAGCCGGCCAAAGCAGUCACAAAUGAGUUUGAAGUCGCCUUGUCGACUGCGGAUGAGUUAACACGCUUGCAUAAAUCACUACGCGAUCAUUAUUCUAUCAGAUUUCCGGAACUGGAAACUCUCGUGACGAAUUCUAUCGACUACGCAAAAACCGUCGCGAUUCUCAAAAAUGGACCGCUGACGGACAUCAAAGCUUUGUCAACGUCGGCAGAUAACAUGGUCGGAGUACCUCUGAAGUCCAUUUUGGACGGGCCGACACUGAUGGUCGUCGCGGUGGAAGGUACAACAACGCGAGGGCGCGAGAUGACCGAGGCAGAGUUGAAAGUUGUCAUGGACACUUGCGAGAGGAUCCUGAAACUUGACCGAGAGCGGACGGCUCUUACACAGAGCAUUCAGGCGAACAUGAACCAGAUCGCCCCUAAUCUGGCAGCGUUGGUCGGACCAGAGACCGCGGCUCAGUUCCUCAACCAGACGGGAGGACUGCGUGAGCUUGCCAAGAUCCCGGCCUGCAACUUGGGCGCUCAGGGUUCGAAGAGGAAAGAUGGUCUGGGGUUUGCUACGAAUACUAGCAUUAGGUCGCAAGGAUUCCUCUACAACUCAGAACUCAUACAGGAUAUUCCCAAUGACCUGAAGAGACAGGCAAUUCGCAUUGUGUCUGCAAAGAUGGUACUUGCAGUUCGAGCCGACGUUUCAAAAUACAGCCCCGACGGCUCUUUGGGAGAGGAUCUCAAACAGCAAUGCUUUCAACGAUUGGAGAAGCUGACUGAACCACCUCCGAAUUCCGGAACCAAAGCCCUUCCCGCGCCCGAUGACAAGCCUUCCCGAAAGCGAGGUGGUAGAAGGGCUCGUAAGGCCAAGGAGGCUGUCGCGAUGACCGAGCUUCGCAAGGCGCAGAACCGCGUUGCCUUCGGCAAAGAGGAAGCUGAAGUUGGUUAUGGUACUGGUGAAGGUACCGUCGGGCUAGGAAUGCUUGGUCAACAGAAUGACGGACGUAUUCGAGCAACCCAAAUCGAUCAGAGAACAAGGGCAAAAUUGAGCAAAUCCAACAAAGGCUGGGGUGCAGCAACCCCGAUCAGUGGAACUGCUUCGUCCCUACGCACAUUCGGCCAAGGGCCCAGCGGAACGGCGAGCGUGCUACAAGCCAAAGGUCUUCGAUCCUCAGGUAUCGGAACCUCAUUUGGUGGUGCAGCUGGUACAGCGAGUACUAUCGCUUUCACUCCCGUGCAAGGACUUGAAUUGGUGGACCCUAAGGUGCAAGCUGAGCUAAGCCGCAAGCGCAAGGCGGAGGAAGACCGUUGGUUUAAGUCAGGCACCUUCACCCAAGUGGGUGCGCAAAAUACUUCCAAAAAUUCGUCGGAGACUGCCAAUGGAGGUUUCAAGGUUCCAGCGUUACCUACGAAGAAGGUCGAUACCGGCGCGGGCAAAAUGGGUCCGCCGCCGCCUCCGGCAAAGUAG